CACAUAUCCAUUAAUAAGUCCAAAAGGAACAGCACUGCAAUUUGAGUUUCAAGUCUUUGUUUCCAACCCUCUCUCUCUCUUGUCAACCUCUAUAUCAUCCACUCUGCAAGAACCGUCAAACAGACCAGCAAAAAUGCCUGAGAACACUACAGAAUACCCCAUCAAGACAGUGGUGGUCCUAGUCCAAGAAAACCGAUCAUUCGAUCACGUCCUAGGAUGGAUGAAGUCCAUCAACCCCGAUAUCGACGGCGUGACUGGGAAAGAAUCGAACCCUAUAUCCACCUCAGAACGCAUUCACUACAGCGACAAAUCAGGGUUCGUGGAGCCUGAUCCCGGCCACUCAUUCGAAGCAACAUACGAGCAAAUCUACGGCGUUCCAUGGGACCAGGCCUCGGCUUCAGGCCACAACCUGUCUCCGACGAUGGAAGGUUUUGCUCAGCAAGCAGAAAGUAUACAGAAAGGAAUGGCCAACAUAGUGAUGAACGGAUUCAGGCCCGAAUCAGUGCCGGUUUACAAAGAGCUGGUGCAAGAGUUUGCAGUUUGCGAUCGGUGGUUCUCGUCGGCUCCCACUCUGACGCAGCCAAACAGGCUUUUCAUACACUCGGGAACAUCGUACGGGGCGACAGCGAACGACACGAAAAUGCUGGUGGAAGGGUAUCCGCAGAAGACCAUCUUUGAGUCGGUGGAGGAGGGCGGGUUCGAGUUCGGGAUUUACUAUCAGUACCCGCCUUCCACUCUCUUCUACAGAAACCUGAGAAAACUGAAGUACAUAAGAAAGUUCCACCAGUUUGAUCUACACUUCAAGAGACACUGCGAGGAGGGAAAGCUACCAAACUAUGUAGUAAUAGAACAAAGAUACUUCGAGACAAAGCUGGUACCAGGAAACGAUGAUCACCCGCCCCACGACAUCUCAGAGGGUCAGAAAUUCGUCAAGGAAAUCUAUGAAGCUUUGAGAUCAAGUCCUCAGUGGAACGAGAUCUUGUUCGUGAUUAUAUACGAUGAGCAUGGGGGAUUUUAUGAUCAUGUGCCACCUCCUGUCACGGGGGUUCCUAGUCCGGACGACAUCGUUGGUCCUGAACCGUAUAAGUUCAAAUUUGAUGGCCUUGGUGUUAGGGUUCCUGCCAUCUUGGUGUCUCCUUGGAUUGAACCUGGAACAGUGCUGCAUGGGCCUUCUGGACCAUAUCCAACCUCGGAAUUUGAGCAUUCCUCAAUUCCAGCAACUGUCAAGAAGAUUUUCAAUCUUAAAGAGUUCUUGACCAAACGUGACGCUUGGGCAGGCACGUUUGAAUGUGUCUUGAACAGGACCAGUCCCAGAACAGAUUGUCCAGUGUCUCUGCCAGAACCGGUGAAAAUGAGGGAAAUAGAAGCAAAUUAUGAAGAUGCAAAGCUGAGUGAAUUUCAAGAAGAGCUGGUGCAGUUGUGUGCAGUGUUGAAAGGGGAGCAUGCACAAGACCAUUUUCCUCACAGAAUAGUGCAAGACAUGAAAGUCUUGCAGGCGGUUGAGUAUGUCGGAGGCGCAUUUCAGAAGUUCAUGGAUGAUUGCGACAAUGCCAUCAGAAACGGAGCUGACGAGUCCCAUAUUGUCUGCAGUCUUGCACCUCAUCAACCAAAAAGACGUGUUUCCAGAUCGUUUGCAAGAAAACUAUGUUCGUGCUUGACUUGUGGCGCAUAACUAGCUACCUUCUUCACUACAUGGACAGGCAGUUUGGAAUUUGUUGUAUGUCUUGUAUUUGUUGGAUUCUCGAUCUGAUGCGAGAAUCUGCACGUGCAAUUUCUUAAUUUGUACAAUGAUGAACGUCGCAUCUGAAUUUUUUUUAAUAUAAAUUAUGUUUGAUUGAUCAAAUCAAUCGUAUCAUAAAUGUAAUACACUUAUAUUAUAAUUAAUAAUUUUUCUGAAACAAUACAUUUA